AUGUAUUCCCAACAACAAUACUAUCACGAGCAACAACAUCACCAACAAAUGAUGAUGGCUCAGCAACAACAAGCCUAUAAUCCUCAACAAGUUGUUGUUGUGCAAACUACAACUACUACUUACCAUCAACAGCCAAUGUAUCAACAAUACAAUAUGUAUGGCCAAUAUAAUACGAUGGAACAAAACUAUGGUACGAUUAAUACAAACUAUGAACAACCAAGAUCAUUAGAUACUUUGCCAUUCUUUACAACAACUGAGUCGACUGAUAGUCACAGUGACUUUGUUCCUCCUCCAUUGUUCAAUUUUGAUAACUUGAAUGUGGAAGCCCUUAUUCAACCAACCUAUCUUCCAAUUGCAACCACUCAAAUCAAUAAUGAGGUUACAAAUACCAAUAACGUUAUAACCAACAAUACUACCAUUAAUAAGACCAAUAUUGUCAAUACUGAAAUUACAAAUAACACUACAACCAUUAAUAACAAUGUUACAAAUCAAACUAAUAAGAUUAACAAUGUUGCCAACACUAAUAAGCAAGUUGUAAAAACAGUGGAAAAGAAGUCUGUCGUUAACAAUCAAAAUACUACAACAAACACUGUUAACAAUCAAGUUAUCAAUAAUGUCACAACCAACAAUAUCUCAAAAACCGUUAAUAACUCUGUCACUGUUAACGACACUACAGUUAAUAUUCAAAAGAAUCAUAAUAUCCAAACAGUAGAAACUUCUGAAAAUAAUAAGAAAAAUGUUACCACCAAUGUUAGCGAAACAACAAAGGCUUCUGUCACAGUCCCAACCGUAGAUCAAACUAGUAAGGUCACCACUAGUAAGACUGUUGAAAAGAACACUACUAUUGUGAAUAACAGUGUUCCUGUUACUACCACUACAAGUACUCAAAAAACCGUAACUAGACCUCAAUCAGCAACAAAAACAAUUACCAAUGCAACUACAAAUGUUGUCAAUAAUCAAACAACAAAUGUUGUUAACUCAAAUACCACCAAUACUGUUGUUAAUAAUACAGUUAAUGUCACAAACAAUACAACAACCACAGAAAACACCAAAACAUUAGUCAGAACAAAUACACAACCAAAACCAAUCAGCCCAAGACCUACAAGUCCUGCAGGAAAGAAGGUUGUCGAAAACAAUUCCACUAUUGUUAACAAUAAUGCAUCCAACGUGGUUAAUAAUACUGUUACCAAUACCACUAAGGUUGUUGAAAAUAACACUGUUAUCAAUAAUAAUUCGACCAAUGUAAAAACAAUUGAUACCAAUACUCUUCAACCAACCACAACAACUCCAAGAAGACCAGUCAGUCCAAGGUUGAGUAAUACCACUACUGCUACUAACACUGUUAAAGCUGUAAAUCAAGUUGUUGAAAAUAAGGCUGUAGUUAAUAAUAAUCAGACAACGAAUGUUGUUAAUAACACAACCAACAAUGUUGUCAAUAACAACACAACCACUAGUACUGAAACCACCAAGACUUUGGUUAGAACAAAUACUCAACCAAGACCAAUUAGUCCAAGACCUCCAAGUCCUUCAUGCAAUAAGGUUGUUGAAAACACGUGCUCUAACGUUGUUAAUAAUUCUUCUAAUGUUGUAAAUAAUGUGACCAAUACAGUCACCAAUAAUACUACAACAAAUGUUGUCAAAAACACAAACAUUGUCAACAAUACCAAUGUUGUCAAUAAUAAUACCAGUACAACAUCUCAAAAUACCAAGACUUUGGUUAGAACAAAUACUCAACCAAAACCUAUUAGCCCAAGACCAAUUGUGGAAACUAAUUGCUCCUCAGUUGUUGAAAAUAAUUCAUGUAAGGUUGUUGAUAAUGAUUCAACUAAGGUAGUCAAUAAUUGCUCAAAUGUAGUUAACAAUGUCUCAACAACAGUAACCCAAAAUGUUGUUACUAAUACAGUAACAAACAUUACUAAUACCACAAAUACAGUGAUUAGUAACACAAAGGUCGUUGAAAAUAAGACUGUUAUUAACAAUGACUGCACAAACGUAAAGACCAUUGAAAACAACACCAAUACUUCAACCCUUCAAGCAACCACCACAACUCCAAGAAGACCUGUCAGUCCAAGAGUCAAUAGCUCUGCUAAUGUAACAAGGACAGAACAAAACGUUGUUCAAAACUCUGUGACUAACAAUGUUACAAAUAAUGUCACAAAGAAUGUCGAAAAUAAUACUAUUGUAAAGAAUGAAUCAAAUUGUGUUAAAACAGUUACUAACAAUACAAAGGUUGAAAACAAUACACUCCAAAACACCACCACAACUCCAAGAAGACCAGCAAGCCCUUCCCCUCAAACCACCACCAAUUCAACUAGUAACACUGUUACAAAAACUAUUGUCAAUAACACUACAACAAACAGUAAUACUACCAUUAUUAAUAACAAUGUUGUCAAUAAUACCUCUAAUCAAACAUCCAACACAACCAAAUCCGUCAAACUUGAAAGUACAGUUAACAAUAACCAACCAACUUCAAUUACAGCAACCAAAACAGUGGAAACCAAUACAAGUAUUGUUAAUAACAAGGCACCUGUCUCCACAACCACCACAACUCAAACUGCCUCAAUUACAAGACCACAAAGUGCCACUAAGACGGUAUCAAACACUACAACUGUAACCAAUAACCAAGAAAUUAACAAGACCAUUGUGAACAAUACCACCAAUAACAUUAUUAAUAAUACUAUUAUUGAAAAGAAUAUUACCAAUAAUGUUACAAACAAUGUUGUCAAUAACCAGACAGUUAACAAGUCUAUUGAACAAAAUAAUAACUCAACUGUAGAAUGUAUCAAUAACAAGAAAUGUAACAUUACUAAUACAGUUGAAAAGGUCAAUGUUAUUAAUAAUGUUACUUCAAAUGUUACAAACAAUAUUACUCAUGUCACUAACACAACCAACACUGUUACCAAUAAUGUUAUUAACAACACUAAUGUGAUCAACAACUCCACAGUUAAUAAGAAUGUUAGUGAAACAAACAAUUCUUCCAAGUGCAUUACAGAUGAGACAAACAUUUGCAAUAAUAAGGCUAUCACCAACCAAACCAACAAGUGCUCCGUUGAAAAUAGUGAAAGAAAAUGGGUAAUUGAAGUUACAAUUACCAACUUUAAAUCAAACUUUUCUCACUUGAUGGGAGUUUCUCCUCUCUAUUCUUCAACUUUACAAACUUUGGAGAAGUAUCAAGCCAAUCUCAUGAAGACUCUUGAAUUGGCAACUGGAGAUAAUACUCACAAGUUUAUGACUUUGGCCAAUCAAAUCGAUUCUGAAUUUGAAAAGAAUAUAGGUUGGUUGACUAGAACAAUUGUCAUGCUCGAAAGAGAAAAGAUUGCGUUCAACAACUGGACUGAUAACCCUAAUAUUCCAAAAUUUUUGUCUAUGAAUGUUGAACAACUCAUUGAGGAGUGUAGAAAGCUACCUUCUGAUCCAAAAUUUGAUUCAUCAGUCAAGACUCUUAUUGAAUACUUCCAAAAGUAUGGCAAAUUAGUACAAUACUUGGUUCUUUUAAGAUAUUAUUAUACUAGUAUCCAUAAAAAGUAUGACGCCCCAAAGGUUGUCCUUGAAAGAACUACAAGAUGUGGAGUUUCAAAGAUGUAUUCGGACAAUGAUUUUGACUUUACUGUUGAUUCCCUCAAGGUCAGUGUUGCCUAUUGGUUAAGGCCUUGUCAAUUCAGUGAUAAGCCAAUCUUGGUUGAUUCUGCCGCUGGUAUUGAAGUAAAGAAUAUCAGAAAGGGUCUUAUCAACAAUGCCUAUUUUAUCUCUGCACUCUAUGCCAUUUCAUCAAAGAGACCAGAAAUUAUCAAGAAUAGUUUUGUUGAAACUGAUUUUGUUACGGGAAGACAUACCAUGAAGCUCUACAAUUCUAAUGGUCACCAAAAGUUUGUUUCAAUUGAUGAUAGCAUUCCUAUUGAAUAUUUGGGUAAGCCUAUUGGUGCCAUCUCUGGAAAUCCAAAUGAAUUCUGGGUGCAAUUGUUAGAAAAAUCUUACGCAAAACACUUGGGAGGUUAUCAUAUGUAUUGCCAUGGUGGUAGACCCCAAGAUGCUCUCCAAUCAUUGUUUGGAACGAAGAUUAGCUUUGAAACCAAGUUAGGAAGUAGUUGCGACGUUUCAUCUGUUUGGUCAAGAGUCGUUUCAGAAUUCAACAAUGGAAAUCUCCUUCUUGUUUCAAAUACUAAGGGCUACAAUGAAAUUACUGAAAAUGAUUGUCAUGCUUAUAUUGUCCAACAAGUUGUUGAAGUAGAAGAUGAUAAUAAGGUUGUUCACAAGCUUGUAAAGUUAUUCAACCCAUGGGGUUUCGCUUACAGCUCAAAUGAGCAAUUAACUGAGAAGGCAUAUGCUUGCAUGGAAUGGAAAGGUAAAUACUCUGACAAUGAUUCAUCAUGGAAUGAAUCACUCUUGAAAAAACUUGAUGUUAAGAGUGCUAAUGAUGGCAUAUUUUGGAUGUGUUGUGAAGAUUUCUGUCGUCACUGGACUGAGGUAGUAUCUGUUACUCUUCCUCGUGCUAAGUAAAAAUAAUUUAGAAUAAAUUAUAUUUCUG